GCCAAUGAUUGUCACACACACACACUAGGUGUGGCGGAAUUAUUCUCUGCAUUUGACCCAUCGCCCUUGAUCACCCCCUGGGAGGUUAGGGGAGCAGUGGGCAGCAGCGGUGGCCACGCCCGGGAAUCUUUUUUGGUUUGGCUUUGACGUCCCAGUGAUUCUACGCAGCUCUGAGGACACAGACUUCCUACCCAGCCCCGAAAAGCAAAUGGUUCAGGUCACCAACCCCUUUUCCCUGGAGAUGGGCUCUGGACGUGCCUCCGUUGCCGACGGUGUGCAGUUGAAGCCGCGUUGUUUGGAGCCCUGUGUCCUUAGCUGCUUCUGGGGCUGCGAGGUCGGUGCCCUGCAGGAAGCCCUGCAGGGGCGAGCCAGGCUCAGUACACCCCAACAUUUCCAGGAAGCACUGCGUCACCGCUACCUUCACUGCCAGAGCUUCGAUGUCAGCAGUGCAGACCAAAAGGAACAUCACACACACAUACCAGCUGAUCAGGGAAUCACUGAUUUGGGCCCGUUGCCCAGGCAACGCUAUCCGCUUGUGGCGGUGCUGACCUUGGCGGAACAAGAAGCCAGAGAUAGUUACAACUUUGUGUCCAGUGUGACUGUUGUUCACGUGCCUGAUGAGAAAUACAAAAUGUCUGCAAGGAUCCUCUUUCAGUACCUCCUCACCUCUCAAGGGAGCAUGUAUGACUUAAAGCCUCUCUUCAUGUCAGCUAACUCCAUGGGGGACUCUGACCUAAACGAGCUCCCCGGUGCGCCUGAGGAGGAGGAGGCCAACAGGAUGUCAUCAUCUGUGCUUGAAGAGGAGGAAGAGGACGACUGGUCUGAGGGGCGCGGCAGAGACUGUGUGGUGUGUCAGAAUGCGUCCGUCAACAGAGUCCUGCUGCCCUGCAGACACGCAUGCGUGUGCAACAGCUGUGCGUGUCGCUUCCAACACUGUCCCAUCUGUAGGGCCUUCAUCCUGGAGUCCUUCGCCCUCACGCUGCCUCCGUCUCAACUCUGACAUCAAACGUCUGGACUUUGGUCUUGUGAAUGUUUGUGCACACUGAAGACGUGUAUACAGUGGUGCCUCAAGAUACCAGUUGACAUGGUUCUGUAACGCAGCUUGUGUUAUGAAACAGCGUUUCCAUUGAAAUCCAAACGUGGUCAAUGUUUAACCACUUUAAACGCCCCCUGGUGGUGGCCAAGGUAUUGUUUGUUGUUGUAUUACAAACUAAAAUAUCCAUCCAUCUUCCUCCGCUUAUCCAAAGUCAGUUAUGUGUGACCAUGUGUGUUGACUUUUUGUGCUGGUUGAAUCUUUUCUGCGCCAUGACUAAGGAAGGUUGUUUGGAUUGUGUCAUAUAAGUAAAUGCUGUGCUAAUGCUUCAUCUUCACGGGUCGUUGAUCUGAAUGACUCACAUUGUCUACCAGACGGCAGCAAAUAUUAAGUAUUCAGACCGGCUGCCGGCUGUUAUUUAAAAGUAAUUUGAAAGCACUCCUAAAUGCGAUGUUUUGUCAAAUUCAUGACGUCUACCAGGCCAUGUUGGCUGACAGUUUAGACACCUCUGCUGUAGACUAAUUGUAUUGCUUGUGUCCUGUCACAUUUCGCCCCAACUCAGCUGGGGUAGGUUCUAGCUUCCCUUUCAAGAUGUGUAAUAUAGAAAAUGGAUAUGCUAACUGUAUAUUGAUGUAUAAAUUAUCAUUGUGUGAAAAUAAGUAAUCUUUUUACAGGAGCAACACAUUAACCAUUAAUAAGUAUUUUUAACUGUAUUGCAAUUUACAAAAUAUUUGAUUUGUUGUAACUUGUUAGCAAUACAUAUGGAUAAAUUAAUAUUGACCAUCAAGAAUUAGUUUGGUUAUCACAUGAAAAAUGAUCAGGGAUUCAAACAGUGCUGAGGGCUUUCAGUAGAACAUUUUAUUGCCGUACAGUGAAUGUUUUUGUAGGACAUGAAGCAGAUGUUUUUUAUCCUCAUACGUACUGCGGCCAGGUCAGACUAACAUUUGGCAGAGACUACAAUCAACCUUCUCCAAACGGCUGGCCUGAAGUUAUAUAACACAUCAAAUGUAAGAAAAUGUAGGUUUAUACAGGCUUGUAGUCCAGCUUGGACUCCAGCUUCUUUGAAUCUGCCACCUUUCGCACCGCCUUCAUGAAAUCCUCUUGAGUGACGUACUCUCUGUCAGAGCGGAUGGCAAACAAGCCUGCAAACACGUAUGGAGAAGUAAACAACUUCUAGGGGCUCCUUGUUGCCGCUGCUCUGCAGUGAAACGUUUAAGUUCUUUACAUGUCUCGUAAUCGCCUGAGAUUAUUAGUUGGUCACAUAGUGGUUGGCUUUUAUCACAUUGUAUACAUGAAGAAAUAUUUAGAAAUGUAUACAAAACCUUGCUGUAACACUUUUCAAAUGAGAAAUAUACUGUACACUCUGCUGUUACACAAUUUGACAUAAAUAUA